AUACUCCUGAGGCACCAAGAGAUCUAGUAAUCUCCAAAUAUGACAGGUUCUCUGUCACUUUGAGUUGGAAGGAGCCACACGAUGAUGGUGGAAAUCCAAUCAAAGGAUAUAUAAUUGAGAAGAAAGAAAAAGGAAAAGAAUGGACAAAGGCUUCAACAUUCCCAGUUCCAGAGAUGACAUACUGUGUCACAACGUUAAAAGAGGGAUCAGAGUAUGAAUUUCGAGUCAUGGCUGUCAAUGAUGGAGGUCCUGGCAAACCUAGCAAAGCCACACCAAAACACAUUGUUCGAGAUCCUGUCUUCCCUGCUGGUGCUCCGAACACACCCAACGUGGAUAAAAUCACCAAAAACUCUGUUGCUCUCUCAUGGACCAAGCCAGCCAACGAUGGAGGUAGUAAACUCACUGGUUAUGUCAUUGAGAAGAAAAAGAAAGGUGAGGAUUGGAUAGAAUGUGCCAGUGUACCAGCCAACCAGCUCGCUGCAACAGUGCCAAAUUUAAAGGAAGGCGAUGAGUACCAGUUUCGAGUUCGAGCUGACAAUGCUGCAGGUUCAGGAGAACCCAGUAAACCUACGAGUGCUGUCACAGUACGGGACCAGCCUGAAAAACCUAGAUUUGAUGUAACAGGGGUUAAGGACAUCAACGUAAAAGCUGGCCAAGAAUUCACUGUUAAGGUGCCAUACACUGGCACCCCCAAGCCAACAGCUAAAUGGACUCUUGAUGGUAACGAUGUUUCUGAUGCCCCACGAGUAACUGUGACGCUGACAGACACUCAUGCAAUACUCUAUUGUGCCAAGGCUAAACGUGAUGAUGCUGGAAAAUAUCAGCUAACUUUGAAUAACAGUGAAGGAGCAGAGUCUAUUAAUGUUAAUGUUAAUGUUUUAGAUAAGCCAGCACCGCCACAAGGACCACUGGAAGCCAGUGAAAUAGAUGGAGAAUCACUUACUUUAACCUGGAAGCCACCAAAAGAUGAUGGUGGGGAGAAAAUUGGUAACUACAUUGUGGAAAAGAGGAAGGCUGGAACUAAUCGCUGGCAGAAAGUUAGCAGCUUUCUGUCUAAGCCAACCUGCCAGGUCAGAAAUUUGGAGCCAGGAACUAAGUAUGAAUUUAGAGUUGCUGCUGAAAAUCCACAAGGUGUCAGUGAAUAUUUGGAAACGGAUACACCUGUGCUGGCCAAAUAUGCAUUCGAUGCCCCAGAGGCACCAAGUGCCCCCGGAUGUACUGGCACCACAGAGGAUUCUAUUACUCUCACCUGGAAUCCACCCAAGAAAGAUGGUGGGUCACCCAUCACAAGUUAUGUGCUGGAGAAGAAGGAGAAAGGGGAUCAAAAAUGGACCAAGGCCAAUCUGACAGAAAUUCUAGACACAGAGUUCACAGUCAAGGGACUGCAGGAAGGCAAAGAGUAUGAGUUCCGGGUUGCUGCAGUUAACAACGCUGGCAUUGGAGAUUUCAGUGAAGGCAGUGGCAAUAUUAAAGCACAACCUCCGCCAUCUGCUCCAAGAAUAAACCGUGACCUCAUGCCAUCAGCUAAAGACAUCAAGGCUAAAGUUGGAGAGGAAUUCAAAAUUGUUAUCCCAUAUAGUGGCAACCCAAUACCUACAGUAUCCUGGACCCACGGUGGCUUGCCAGUCCAAGAAAACAGCCGCAUUAAGUUCGAAAUCAAGCCAGAUUCUAUCACAUUGAAAUGCAAAAGUGCCGAGCUGAAGGAUGCUGGGAAAUACUCUCUGAUUUUAACCAAUGAAAAGGGAUCUGAUAGCAUAGCCAUGAAUGUCAUUGUUGUAGAUGCUCCAGGACAACCUGAGGGUCCCUUGGAGGUGUCUGACGUGACACCAGAAUCUAUGACACUUUCAUGGAAUCCUCCAAAGGAGGAUGGUGGUAGCUCAGUCAGUAACUACAUCGUUGAAAAACAGGACAAGGCCACUGGCAGAUGGGAGCCUGUUAGUAAGUUUGUCCGUGGAACAAAGUAUGAAGUUCUGGGUCUGACACCAGGCCAUGCCUACAACUUCCGUGUCAGUGCUGAGAAUGAACACGGAGUUGGAGAACCUCUAGAGACUGUAUUCUCCACAGUUGCUCAGCAUCAAUUCACCACACCAGAAUCUCCUGUGCAAGUAGCUGUUGAUGAUGUUGAUGAGGCAUCUGUGACCUUGAAGUGGAGCAAACCAAAGAGUGACGGAGGCAAGAAGCUGGAUGGUUAUGUUAUAGAGUACAAAGAACCUUCCUCCAAUAGAUGGAAAACCUACAAUGAAGUUCCACUAAAGGAGACUAUGGCAACAGUUAAAGGGCUAGAAAAUGACACCGAGUAUGAAUUCCGUGUCAGAGCUAAGAAUGCUGCUGGCUUGGGCAUCCCCAGUGAUAGCACAGGACCAGUUCAUGUCAAGCCUAAAUACAGCAAGCCAUCUGUUCCUGGAGUUCCUGAGGCAGCAAAGGUUGGAAAGACAUUUGUAGAACUGAAGUGGGAUAAACCAAGAAACGAUGGUGGCUCUAAAAUCACAGGCUACGUUAUUGAGAAACGAGAAAAAGGAAUGUCAUUAUGGACAAAAGCUAAUGAGUACCCAGUGACUGAUAACAAUUUCACAGUUUCUGGUUUGCCUGAAAACUCUGAGUAUGAGUUCCGUAUUGCUGCCAUUAAUGCAGCUGGCACUGGGGAAGCAAGUCUGCCAUGUGCUCCAAUAAAAAUCAAGGAGAAAAUUGCGGGUCAUGCUCCUUAUUUUGUCAAGAAGCUCCACAAUGUCAAGGCUGCUCUUGGAGGUGAAGCCGUGUUAAGUGUAGAGGUCACAGGGUCACCAACACCCGAAGUUCUAUGGUUCAAGAAUGGCACUGAAGUUGGCUCUGCUGGUAGAAACAGGAUCAAAGUUGAUGGAGAUAUUCAUACACUCAUCAUCAGUGAAAUCUAUGACAAGGAUGCUGGAGACAUUGUGUGUGAGGUCAAGAAUCCACUGGGACGGGAAACAUGCACUGCUCAUCUUUCAGUUCUUGCUCCACCAAAACUGGAGAAAGAACUCAAGGAUCAGAAAAUAACUGCUGGGGAUCAGUUCAAGGUCAAACUGCCAUUUAGUGGCACAGGACCUUUUGAGCUCAAGGUCAAGAAAGAUGGGAAGGAGGUUCAGGAGAGUGAUAACAUCAAAAUCAGUCUGUUUGAUGAUUUUGCUACUUUUGUUAUAAAAGAGUCAGAAAGAGGGGAUUCUGGGAAAUACACCAUUGAAAUCAGCAAUGACAGUGGCACAGCAUUAGCACCAUUUCAGCUAAAGGUCACCAGUCCACCGGGAGCCCCAACAGGCCCACUGGCUGUGUCUGACAUCACCAAACAUUCGUGCCGUUUGGCAUGGAAACCUCCCCAGGAUGAUGGAGGAAGCAAAAUCACCAGCUACCUGAUUGAGAGGCAGGAGAUUGGCAAACCAUACUGGGUUACAGUUUCGUCUCAUUGUAAGGAUACAAAUAUUGAUGUUCAAGGAUUGUAUGAAAACAGUCAGUAUCUCUUUAGAGUGGCAGCUGUCACUGAGAAUGGUCCUGGAGAAUUUUUGCAAGCAGAGAGUCCUAUCAUUGCAAAGAUGCCAUUUGAUGCUCCUGACUCACCUGGUGUGCCUGAAGCAACAGAAAUAGGUGGAGACUUUGUCAGCUUGACCUGGAGCAAACCUAAAUCAGAUGGCGGUGGUAGGAUCACCGGCUACUGGGUGGAGAAGAGGGAGCACGGAACAGACAAAUGGUCUCGGGUCAACACCAAUCCUUGCAUCACAACCAUGAUCAAUAUUCCAAACCUCCUUGAGGACCGUCACUACGAGUUCCGUGUUUUUGCUGAGAAUGAAGCUGGCUUGAGCAAACCUUCCUUUGUUUGUAACCCCAUCAAGAUUAAAGAUCCCCAUGCUGCUAAGAUUCCUGAAUUCACCUCAGGCUUAAGGAAAGUCCAGGCAGUUGAAGGCGGUUCAGCCUGGUUUGAAUGUACAGUCUCAGGAAACCCUAAACCGGAUGUUCAAUGGUACAAAGGUGUUCGGGAAAUUUUCGACAGUAAUAAGUUUGAGAUCAGAGUUGAUGGAGACACACAUGUUUUGAUAGUAAAAGAUGUCUACGGUGAAGAUGCUGAUGAGUACUCCAUUCGAGCCACCAACAAGGGGGGAAGUCGGAUAUCUAGAGCUGAACUUGAAAUUAAAUCUCCUCCAAAGAUCAAUGUUCCACCUAGAUUCCGUGACCUUUGCACUUUUGAAAAGGGUGAGAAUAUUGUCUUAAAGAUCCCUUUCACUGGCAAUCCCAAACCAACUGUGAAAUGGGUCAGAGACAAGGAAGAUAUCAAAGGAGCCAGGUUUCACACAGAAGUGACAGAUCGGCAUGCCAUUCUCACAAUCAAGGACACAAGCAAAAUGGAUGACGGACCUUAUAGACUGAUACUGGAAAACGACUUGGGGUCAGACUCUGCUAUUUUCAAGGUUCAAGUCAAUGAUCGUCCAGACCCGCCCAGAUUCCCAGUGGUUGAGAAUAUUCGAGAUGACUCUGUUGUGUUGUCUUGGAAGCCACCUCUCAAUGAUGGUGGUAGUUUCAUUACGGAGUAUACUAUAGAGAAACAGGAACCACCAAGUGAUAAGUGGGUUAGAGUGGCCUCCACAAGGUUCACAUUUCAUAAUGUGUCAGGACUUUCUCCCAACAAAGAAUACUCAUUCCGUGUGUUUGCAGACAAUUUCUAUGGUCGCAGUGACCCAUGUCAGCCCACAGCUCCCAUCAAGACUGAGGAACCGGAGUCUGUACGCAAGAAGAGACAGUUGGAGGAUGAACAUGGCCGCAGAAUCCGAGGAAAGUAUGAUGGUCCUAAGAUCCUUGACUAUGACAAAUUUUAUGAGGAUAUCUGGAAGAAAUACGUGCCCCAGCCAGUGGAGGUCAAACAAGGAAGUGUUUAUGAUUACUAUGACAUCCUUGAGGAGUUGGGCAGUGGAGCUUUUGGUGUUGUCCAUCGCUGUAUUGAGAAAGCUACAGGAAGAGUGUUUGUGGCCAAGUUCAUCAACACACCUUAUCCCCUGGAUAAGCACACAGUGAAGAAUGAAAUCUCUAUUAUGAACCAGCUGCAUCACCCAAAACUGAUCAACCUUCACAAUGCCUUUGAGGACAAAUAUGAAAUGGUGCUCAUUCUAGAAUUCCUGUCAGGCGGGGAACUAUUUGAUCGAAUUGCUGCAGAAGACUACAAGAUGUCAGAAGCUGAGGUGAUCAACUACAUGAGACAAGUUUGUGAAGGCUUGAAGCACAUGCAUGAGCACAGCAUUGUACAUCUGGACAUCAAGCCAGAAAACAUUAUCUGUGAAACAAAGAAAGCCUCCAGUGUCAAGCUCAUUGACUUUGGCCUGGCUACAAAACUCAACCCUGAUGAAAUUGUUAAAGUGACCACAGCCACAGCAGAGUUUGCUGCCCCUGAGAUUGUUGACAGGGACCCCGUGGGUUUCUACACUGAUAUGUGGGCUGUCGGGGUCUUGGCUUACGUUUUACUUAGUGGUCUGUCACCAUUUGCUGGAGAAGACGACCUGGAGACGCUGCAGAAUGUCAGGCGCUGUGACUGGGAGUUUGAUAAUGAUGCCUUCUCUAGUGUUUCACCAGAGGCCAAAGACUUCAUUAAAAGUUUGCUCCUCAAAGAUCCAAAAAAACGCAUGACAGUUCAUGAUAGUCUGGAACAUGCUUGGUUAAAGGGUGAUCACAGCAACUUGAAUAGCAGAAUCCCAUCUAGCAGAUAUGACAAGAUCAGGCAGAAAAUCAAAGACAAAUAUGCUGACUGGCCAGCACCGCAGCCAGCUAUUGGUCGCAUUGCUAAUUUCAGCUCACUUCGUAAACACAGACCGCAGGAGUAUCAGAUCUAUGACAGCUACUUUGAUCGCAAAGAGGCAGUUCCUAGAUUUGUCCGUAAACCUCGCAGUCAGAUAGCAACAGAAGGCGAGGUUGCCAAGUUUGACUGUAAAAUUAUCGCAGCCUCUGCACCAAUUGUUACCUGGUAUAAGUCUGAUAGCUUGCUUGGGCAGAGCUACAAGCACAUGCAGAAGUACAGUGGAUCUGAGUAUGAGCUGAGAGUGUCCAGGGUUAAACUGGAUGACCAGGGAGAAUAUGUUGUCAGAGCAGAAAAUUCAUUUGGUCGUAAGGAUGAGAGAGCCAAGCUGACAGUUCAACCUGGGUUAGAUAGGCGGGUUACACCAAGCAGAGAGACAACAUCAAUGAGAAAAAAACGAGUAUUUGAAGAGAAAGAGUUUGAAAAACCCAAACAAGAACAGAGUCCAGCAUUUAGCUUUGACCUUCGCCCUAGAACAAUCCAGGCUUCUUCGGAAUUUAAACUCAUCUGCUGUGUGCAAGCCCAUCCUCCACCAAAG